GUAGGAAGAACGAUUUGUAGUUUUGUACGCAGAACAAAAUCCUCUUUCGUCACUCUUUCUGUAAUUCCAUAUAUCGCCCUCCCCAAUCCCUGGCGUAUGACUUUCUAUUUCAAUGCAGUUUGGGAUUAAAAUUAAAAAAAUUAGGGCACGAAAUCGACUACUUACCAUCGGUUGUAACGCAACGAAUGAGAUGUAAUUGCCCUAUUCUGCACGAAUAACGUUUUCGAAGGAUUAAAGUUCGUUUUCUCAUAGUUAAAAAGAUUAUAGGGUUUGGUUUUGCUGUUCGCGGAAAAACGCAUGAAGGGUCCGUUAGAUCGGACGAAAGUUGUGCUUCGGCACUUGCCGCAUACGAUUUCCCAGUCGGCGCUCAUGGAGCAAAUUGACGCCCGUUUUUCCGGUCGCUAUAAUUGGUUCAGUUUCCGUUCCGGAAAGCAAAGCCUGAAGUGUCAAUCAUAUUCCAGAGCCUAUAUUGACUUUAAGAGGCCAGAGGAUGUCAUUGAGUUUGCAGAGUUCUAUGAUGGGCAUGUUUUUGUUAACGAGAAGGGUACCCAAUUUAAAACAAUAGUUGAGUAUGCACCUUCACAGCGUGUUCCAAAGCAAUGGUCUAAAAAGGAUGGGCGUGAAGGGACCAUAGGGAAAGAUCCUGAAUAUCUUGAAUUCCUUGAAUCUGUUUCAAAGCCUGUUGAGAAUCUUCCAAGUGCAGAGAUACAGUUGGAGAGAAAAGAAGCUGAACGAGCUGGUGCUGCUAAAGAGGCUCCUAUAGUCACACCAUUAAUGGAUUUUGUUCGCCAGAAAAGAGCUGCCAAGGGUGGACCCCGGAGGUCUUUGCCUAAUGGGAAAUUAAUGAGAAGGAAUGGUGCAUCAUCUUUAAGUUCAAAUUCUACUGUAGUGAAACGUGGUUCUGAAAAGAGAAGUUCUACCAUGUAUGUCCUAAGGGAAGGUGGAAAGAGCACAAAUGGGAAAGAAAAGUCAACUUAUGUUAAACGAGCUGAACGUCAGGCUUCUGAAAAGUCUCCUAAUUCAUCCACUCAAUCUGGAAGUGUAGUACUGGAUGAAGAAAAGGGUUCCUUUGGAGCCUCUGAUACUGGGAAGAAGAAAAUUUUGCUGUUAAAAGGAAAAGAAAAGGAAAUUCCCAAUGUCACCACUGGCGUGACACCUCAGCAGAAACUUUUAUAUGGUUCUGGUGGUGGCAGACAGAAUCAACGACAGGAGGCGAGUGGAAGGAUCAUAAGAAGCAUACUUCUGAAAGAUUCAAGACAAAAUCAAUCUGAACAGAAUCAGAGUCUGAAUCAAGAUAAGGAUAAAAAACCACCUAGGCCACAAAAUGUGGGCCCACUUUCAAAGGAUUCAAAUGGUUUACAAGAUGAUAAACUUCAAGAUGGAUUUUAUGGUCACAUGCGAGUGAUGAGUCUUUGUCAUCUUCCACUUCUCAAUCCACACAACUGCUACCGGAUAGUGCAGAAGGCUCCUCCUAUAAACACAGUGGUAAUCGCCGGACAUCUUCACAUAAUGCUAAUAAGGACGCAGAUGUCUUUUCAAAUUCAAACGAGGGAAAACCUCCAAAAAGAGGUGUUUCGUCUGGCUAUGAGAAGCGAGUGUGGGUUCAAAAGCCAAGUUCUGGCUCUUAGGUGUGUCACUAAAGUAAUGGAUUUAAAACCUGCUUGCACCCGGGAAAAUAUUCUUUCAAUCAACCAGUAA